AUGUUUCUGAAGUCCAGACCUACGUCUAGGUUAACAAGGAAGAGGAGGCAGGAUUCUCCAUCAACUAGUACUGCAUCCGAACUUCUAGUGUUUGAGGAUUCAGACCUUCCGCAACCUUCAAAUCUUGUGGUUGAACCAGCUAAAGUAAAGCAAUACCUUCAGAAAUUGCAAGUGCCAGAAGAUCAGAAUGUUGCUUCGUGUACUAAAAUCGUCAUGUGCGAUUCAGAAAUCGACUAUUUCACCUCAGAUAUCCAGGAGGAACUCCAGAGAGAUUUCGGAAUCAGCUCGUUUUCCAUCUCAGACAAAUCUCCAUUGAAUGUUGAUAGAAUUGUCACCGUUUACGGAACUCUUCAGCAAACGCUGAGCGUGGCCAUAUACUUAGCGUAUUUAUUGAAUAGCAAACUCAACAAUUUUGUUCAGGUUGAGCCAUUUACGCUAAAAUCUCAUAAUUAUCAUUUGGAUGUCUUAGUGGAAGCUACUCCAUUAGAAAUGGAUAACUUAGCAGCUCGGUUCCCGGUCCAGGCAAUUGACUACUCCAUCUACAAUCUCAACAGAAACUUGCACACAGCCACCUUGAGUGGAGACUUCCUGUCAUUGUUCAAUAGCUUGGUGUACAUAUUUCUGCGCUUUUCCUACAAUGUCUACAAUGUGGAUGCCAACAUCAAACUAUUGGACGUGAUUAGCGUUCACGAAGGGGAUAAGUUGGGAAACACGGACGAUGAGAAGCAGAAAAAGUCAGAGAAUCAGAACAGAGUGCUCUCGUUCAUAUAUUCGCAAUCAUAUCUACUGUCUAAAUAG